AUGUCACCUUCUCCGACAUCGCCGACUCCCGCUGCACGGCGCAUCAAGCCCAUCCACAAGACUCGCAGUUUUUCCUUCCAGAUGCUGACGCACACGCCUGAUCAAGCGCCUAUUCCACAAGCCAUGUAUUCCGAAUCACUGCAUCCACUCAGAUUACCACCGAGCUACGACCAACCGGCCGCAGCACCGAGUUAUGGCGGUGAUGCACAUUCAGCUACUGCUGCUGCUGCUACAAAACCAAAUCAGUAUGCUGUUGCUGCAGCAGCGGCUGCUGUACAAAGCGCAUCGCGUCAACAGCAACAACAACGAGAAGCCAAUACCUGGUCUGCAGCACGACGAUCAGAGUCUUCCUUAGGAUUCUACAGAGCUGCACCGAAUGGUGGAAAUGGAAUGCAUUAUGCAGCACGCUCAUCCACACAUCUCGCACGACGCAAUGGGUCGAUUGGAUCAGAUGGACGUAUGGCACGACCAGGUGAUGCGACAGCCGCUGCGAGGGCCGUCGUACCGCCACCUGCCCCAGCACGACAUGAGGCGCAUGGUAGACGAGCCGUGACGGUACCAUUUGUGCAGAAACGCGGACAACAGGCAGCAACAGCAGCUGCUGCACAGGUAGUGCCAACGCGCUCAGAAUUUGAGUUUGAGUUUGCAGAGACCAUACCGACUGAUUUGGCCAGUACGAUUGCCGUACCGCGUGUGGUUGCGCUGGCUGAUGAAGAGGCGAGUCGGUCGAGUACGACAACAGCACCUGCGAAACGACGACGCAGAUUGAGUUUUAGCUGGUUCAGCAAAUCUUGA